AUGAAAUUGGUGCUAGUUCUAGGAAUAGUACUAUGCACAUUUCAAACGACGAUCCAAGGUGACCGAGACUUUGUCACGAAUCGUGUUAAUUUCAGAAAGUUGUUUUCAGAAAACGUCAUCGCGCAGACGGUCAGAGAUCUAUCGACUCUUUCGCGGCUCAUGAAUGGAAUUGCGAUCCAGACGGCACUGGCGAGGAAUCCGGACAAGUUUUACGCGAUAGUCGCCGAACUGCUGGACAUUGGAUCCGAGAAGACGUUCCGGAACAUUCUCGAGUUCGAUGUGAACGACGUCUCCGGAAAACUCGACGGACUUGUGACGGAGAGUAAGAAGUUGCCGCAGAGUGUCACGAAGAACAUCUCAAGGAUCGGCGAGGCGUUCGGAGUUCUCGGCUUGGCCGGAGUGGCCGAAUUGGAGAGUGCCAUCAAGCUCAAUCUCAAAGAGCAAGAGGACAAGUGGAAUAAGGCUGCAAAAGUUGAUUUGCGCUUUUUGGUGGAUCCCGUUUUUGAAAACGUUCCGACAAAGUUAAGAUACGUUCUUGAGACGCCAAUAACGGAAAACGGAGUAGCGAACACAAACAUACUUCCUGCUUUGAAAAUUCUUUAUAAUGAUCUCAAUUUCUUCACUGACGCUCUGAAGUCUUUUGAUGACAUGUCAAAAUUAACUGAAUUGUGGGCAGUGAGUGGAGCGAAGUCGGAGCUCGGGAAACUGUUGAUUGUCUCUGUGGCGGCUCGAAAGUACGAAGAUAUGAAAAGUACGUUCAGUUCCUUAUCAGUUGAUAUGAAGUCCAUGAAAACGGAUGUCGAUCAUCUUGCCGCGGUGAUGAAGAUAUGCAGGGACAUCGAGAAGACGGCGCAUCUGUCGGAAGUGGCCAGCGGGAUCGCGAAGUCUUCGUUCGAGAGGAACACGACUGCCGGGCUGCCGAACGGAUUGGGCGACCUCAGUGCGAUUUCCACCGAUCUGGAUGGCUCGUGGCUCCGAGACAAGAUCGCCGGCGGAAAGGACAUGAAGAAGCUGGCCAUCGCUCUGCAACCACUGAGGAGCCUGCCGAGCAAGCUGGAACCGAUCAAGACUCCAUUGGCCAAACUUCAAGAGGAUUCUGCGGCACGACAGGCUUUCAGGGACAUUGCUGUCAUGCUACGGAAGACGUCUCUCGUUGAUGACACCAGUCUGUCGGCCAAGUUGGACGACGGAGCUGCGUGUGUGGAGAAGCUGAAGCCGAUUAAAGCCGUAGCUCAAUAUGAAGACUUUGAAGAACUCAUCAACGGAUUGGAUGAGUUUGACACAAAACUUUCCAAACUUCGGACUUUGAUGGACGAAAUUGCUGACUACCCCAAGAAAAUUUUGGCUUUGAAAGAUGUCCAGCUCAGUAUAAAGAAGUCGAUGUCAAAUGAUGAAAUUGAGGCGGAAGUGAACAAGUUGAAAGCAGUAGAAAGCAUCAAUGAGAUUCGUGUAUACCUCAACGAUACAAUGCCGAAGUUCAAGACAAUCGGGAGUACUUAUAUCAAAGAGUUUGCGAAAAAUAUGACUCGGUGGAAUCAAGUGAAUUCCAUUCAAAAAAGUUUCGAAGGGACCGAAUUCGUCGAGACUCUCAAGUGCCUCGCAAACAAACAGAUCGACUCGACUGCCGUAACCGCAUUCGCCGAGUUGGAAAAAAGUAUCCGAGCACUCGGAAGCCAAUCGAAAGCGAGCGAUGCGAAGGAGUACUUGAAGGAUCUGAAAGAAGUGAUCGAGAAGGGAAAAGCGGCGAAGAGCGCGGCGGACGGCAUGAAGAGCAAGAGAAGACGGAGACGACGGAGCAGCGAAUCGGACGAGAUGCUGAAGUUGGCGGACGCGGAGAAGUUGGCGCACGACUUGGGGAGAGGAGUGCAAGUUCUGAGGGAGAUGGGCCAAGUGUACGAGAACGGAGAGAAGGUGAAGUUGUUGGCAGAGUCUGGAGCAGACGUCGACGCGGCCGUCGCAUCGAUUCCGAACGCUCAGAACGUGUGGACGAGUGGUACGAGGAGUUCGAUGAAGGCGUUGGUGAGUCAAGUCGAGACGUUCAAUCAGUUCGUCACAAAGAACGGGAACAAGGACCUGAAGACAACGUGGACACUGUUUGAAGAGGCUCAGAAGAUCUCCGGCGCUCCGAUCGAUGCGAGACUCUUCAAGGAUCCCAUCUCAAUCGAGCUGGCCAGUCAUCCGGAUCCGAAAGUGCAGGCGUCGGCGAAAAUUUUCGAUGAGUUGAGCCACCUCCAACUGGAUUACGCCAAACAGAAACGGUCGGAUUUGAGUGCUGCCUCGCUGACUCUUCCGUCCAUCCACUCCUUCUUCAACGACUUUUUCAGCGACUUGUUCACCAGCUCCUCCGCACCGUCAGUUUACGUCUUUCCUCAAUUCCUCAGUCAAGUGUUUCAGAUCGGACGGAUCGGACGGAUCGGACGGAUCGGACGGAUCGGACGGAUCGGACGGAUCGGACGGAUCGGACGGAUCGGUCGGAUCGGAUGGAUCGGACGGUCCGCCCAUCAAGAUUAUUGCCAUCGGCGCCGCCGGAAUUCUUGUCAUCGCAAUCAUACUCGUUGCAGUCGGAUACUUCGGUCACGAUUGGAUCGUUCAAAAGUAUCGGUGGAAGAACAGGGAACGGUACUGGAUAUACACGGUUGGUCUUGAAAUGAAAAAUGUUUAAAACAAAUUUCUUCCAGUUUCUUCGUGAAGAAUUGUCCGACGAACACGACAUGACAUGUUUGAGGGCUGACCUCUGCUACAACAACUUGAAAGAUGUCGAAAAGUUGCUGAAGAAAGGAUUUAAUGUCAACAGAUAUGGUUCGAUUGCUCUAGUGCAGAAUCUUCAAAAAUUCUAUAACAAUCCGUUGCAGAGUUGAAUACGACAAACCUCCACUUGGCAGUUGAAAAAGGCCAUGAAAAGUUCGCAGAUUUGCUUAUUAGGAAUGGCGCAGAUCGAUUGGCACUGAAUGAAGAGAAGGAAACACCUGAGCAGUUACUGGAGAAAUUGAUCAUGGAAGAAAACGAUGCAGCAAAGAUACACGCAUUUCUGGAAGUCGCGUAUGUUUUUGCAAAGUACGAAGGGAAAAAAUUUCGCCAACGUGAGUUCUUGUUCUGAAUGAAACACAAAUUGUUGGUUUACAGGAGUUCCGGAACUCUAUCCUUCAAAAUCUUUCGCUGUAGUGCUCACGAAUCCAGGAGGAAUGGCUCAUUUCUCAACCAAAUGGCCGAAUCAAGUGUGCGACGAUGUGCUCGGACCGAAAACAAGUCACAUCGUGGUGGAUGUGGAUCAGGACGACGCUUACAAUUUCGAGAAGAGCGGUCACAGUUUGAAGGACUUCAUGACCAACAUUACGAGGUUGGCACUCUCGCAGAAUUCUUUCACUAGUUCUUGUUGCAGUCCGGCCGUGCUCGUCAAGAAGUCCUGGUUGGAUGUAUGUGUGAAGAGUCGUUCGAACUUUCACAAGGACUAUGACCAUCGAGUCACUAAAGUCAGAUUUAACGGAAAAGUUUACGAGACUGUCGACAAAAUGAAGAUGUCGGCUCGCGGUCGAGUGAGUUCCGAGUAACGCUGACUUUCUCUAUUUCAUCUCGUUUCAGGGUAUGCCUUUUCUCACUGGUAUCGCCGUGGUUUACGCGAACAACUCAAAACUGGCACAAACUCCUCAAGAUGCAAAAGUUCUCGACUUUGUGGAAACCCUUCAGCCCAUAAGUGGUGGAGUUUCCUCGUCUUUUGCGUAUGAUCUAAAACCAGCAUAUCACCAUCCAAAUUUGAAACCGAAUUUCGUUGUAUACGACACCCCGGUGAGACCUGUUCUCAUACACAAAAGAAUCUAGUCUUUUUUCAGUCAGUGGACGAUAUUGCUGGAGUUUUCGCCAAAUUCCCGAGAGAGAAAUGUACGAUUAUGUCGAUGAACGAGUUCUGCGCCUUCAUUUUGGAGAUGAAGUCGACUGCUGCCGCCACUACUACUCACACCACCAAAUCGAGCGUUGUGAAAAGCAAUACCACUCGCUCGGCCACCAAAUCUUCAGCUCCGCAAUAA